UGGCGUUUUAACUGUGGACGGUUGCUACUCGCACUCGCUGGCGGAUUAACGGCAUAAAUAUAUACACAGAUAUAUGUAUAUCAUAUACAUAUAUACCAUUAUAUCUGGAGCUUGUAUGUACAAGUCUGCGUAGAGGGAAAACGUUUAAGGACGAAAAAACCCCGUACUCUGGCACAAGGAACCACACUAAACCAAUAGUUUAAAAGGAAGUCGUUUGAAAGACAAUACACCCAUCAGCAAACCAAAGAAUUACAAUGGCCGAUAAAAAAAUUGGUGAAUACUACGCACCGCCUGUAAAAAUGGGCAAAUGGGAGGGUUUCAAAAAAUUCCUAUGGAAUAGUGAAACUAGCCAAUGCCUUGGACGCACCGGAUCCAGUUGGGCGAAAAUUCUUCUAUUUUACAUAAUAUUUUAUGCGGCGUUAACUGGGUUUUUUGCUGCCAUUUUUACUGUAUUUUAUCAAACUCUGGACAAUGAAAAGCCAAAAUGGAUGCUUGACAAUGGUUUGAUAGGAUCCAACCCAGGACUAGGCUUUCGACCAAUGCCUCCAGAAGCAAAUGUUGAGAGCACACUAGUUUGGUACGAGUCAUCAAAGAAGGAUAACUAUAAGUACUGGGUGGACGAGACUUCACGUUUUCUGAAAUAUCACACUUACCAGGAUCUUGAGAAGAAGAACCAAGUGAACUGUAGCUUUGAGCAUCCACCACAAGACGACAAAGUCUGCGGCAUUGAUGUCGCGAGCUUCUCGCCAUGUACGGCUGAAAACAACUUCGGCUAUCACGUUGCCCGGCCAUGUAUAUUCCUUAAGUUGAAUAAGAUUUACAAUUGGAUACCAGAAAUUUACAAUGAUUCUAAGACCUUGCCAGAUCAUAUGCCAGAGGAACUGAAGCAGCACAUCAAGGAAAAGCAAAGUCUUAGACCCAAUGAAACAAAUGUAGUUUGGGUCUCGUGCGAGGGAGAAAAUCCCGCUGAUGUCGAAAACAUAAAAGCACGUGACUACUAUCCACGCAUGGGUUUCCCGCGUUACUAUUUUCCGUUUAAAAACAUUCAGGGAUAUAUACCGCCCAUUGUAGCUGUUCAAUUUACCGUUGAAACCGGCGUUUUGAUCAACAUUGAGUGUAAGGCUUGGGCCCGCAACAUUAAUCACGAUCGUUCAGACAGAAGAGGAUCCGUUCACUUCGAGUUGAUGGUUGAUUAAGAGAGUCGUUAUAAAGACGUCAUUGGCGAGAAGCGAUCGACCGUAUUAUCGAGAAAUAAAUGAGAAAAUAAAAUAAAAUGAAAUAAUGGAGUAUAAAAAAAACAUGCAACAAAACCCACACAAAAUAGAUACGAAAAAAAGUAGCAUCGCAGAAACAUCAGGUUAUUGCAAAAACCAAAAAAAAUUAACGUGCGAAAUACAGCAGCAACCAAAGAGAAAAAUAAAAAAAAUAAGCUACAAAACCAAUGAAAACCUUUAAGAUAAAAUAAAACUAGCCCAAUAAAGCAAAACAAAAUGCUAAGAAUAUUCCACCCAACCCAACGCUUACUAAGCAACGCCCCUCGCAUAAUCACAAGAAAACCUUAAUUUUGUAUUAUAUCUUUAUUUCUUUAGAAUGGCGAAUUAGGCGAUAACAUACACAAAACUUUCAUAACAAAAACAUUUUUCUCUUUAAAUUCUUUAUUGUUUUUCGGUUUAUAUUUUUUUACCCUCAUAGCAAAAAAAAUCAAUCACCCCAGUCAAAAGUACUAAAAGGCUUAACUUAUGUUGUACUUAUAUUUUGGACGAUAACCAAAGUUAUUAAAAAAUUUGAACAUUAUUUAUAUAUGUACAAUUGGAUAAAAUAUAAACAAAUGCAUAUAUGUGAAAAUGAGAAAAAUUAAUCAACUUCAAUUAGCAAACUAAAACACAGAAACCUUAAUAAAAAUUUAAAUAAAGGAAAACUGAACAGCUAAUAGAGACAUAUAUCUAUUGAAUUCUCUUUAAUUAUUAUUGAAAGCCGCAAAUCCAAGAUCACAGAUGGGUAAAUCGCAUUAAAAUAUAUAAAUUAAAGAAAUAAAACACAAGAAAACAGAAUUAACUGAAUAAAUAGUAAAGAGAUUACUGGUUGCAAUAAUAAUGAACACAUAUAAUUAAAUAUAUUAUGUAUUCUACACUACAGAAAUAAUAAAAAUAAAUUCAAUUUGCUCUACCCAAAUAAAAAAAAAUUCCGUUUCCAUCCCAUGUAUGUUUUACAGCGUAAUCCAGCGAAAGAUAAAUAGUGCACCCCUUCCCAAAUUUAAGAUUCUGAAAUGUCUUUCAUACUUCGGGGUACAGAAAGUGGAAUUUGAAUUGGCAUAUAUGUAUAUGUUAUAAUAUUCUGUUAUUUACUCACUGGCAACCGUUCAGCAAAUUGUGAAAAUUAUAAAGAAAUAUGAGUCUCAACAAAAUGAAAAUGUCUAAUUUUUCCAAAACAAAAGAGCUCGCACCCCGCUAACCAAAACUUAAUAAUUAUUCGUUUUUACAUUCAGUUAACACGAGAAAUUUCUUUGAUUAGUAUAAGGUGUUGAGCCAUAAAAAAUGAUGUAGUCUUGCUAAAAAGUGGAAAAUGUGCAGCCUAAAUAAAAGUAUUUAAGAAGCGUAAUUUCAUAAAAUGAACCUAAAGAAAAAUUUAAAAGAAAUCAAGAUUAUAAUCUUAAUGGCAUGUCCAUUCUCAAUGCAAAUUGUAUAUGUGGACUUAAAUAUUUUUUGAAGUGUUAUUUGACUUCAUGAAGUUUAUGUUUAACCAGUCUACGUUAUUGAAUAAACAAUAAUAAACACUUUUAAAUACAACGUAAAAUGGUUAGAACGUGUAAGACAAAAUUGGUUUUUUAAAAUCUUUGUAGUGCAUGUUUUCCUAAGACUAAGCUUAACCAAUUAUAAAAUUAAAGCAAUUAGUUAAGUAGUAAAACGAAAUUACAUCAAACAUUUUAAUUUUUAACCAAAAAUUCUGGUUGGGAGAUCGUUUAAAAUAUAUUUAUCCUUUAGGUAACCGCGGGCAGAAUUACAUUUAAAUCAAGCUUAUUAUUUUAUUAUUUUCCGCACAAAUUUAAUCUGGAAGACAAUAUUUAUUUUGCCAUUUUCCCGGAAAAGUGUUCUCCGAAAACCGUCGAUGAAUAUUUGUAGGUUAUCUAGGAUAUAAAAGCUAUUGAUUGUUUUCUAAAAAAUAAAAAAAAUAUAUAUUCUAAACACAUAAAUUAAAUAAGAAACAACUGCCAAUUAAAUAUUUGUCCCAAAUGCUAAAAAAUAAAAAUAUCUUGAUCAGUUGCUGAUUGGAAUCAUCUGCCAGCGGUUGCCAAUAACUUGCUAUAUGAUUCGUUUUCGAAUAAAAUAUUACUUUCAAGACUUUCUAUAUUUUACUAGCGGCAGCAACUAAAACAUUAUUUAAUAAAAAUUUAUCUAACACGUAUAUAUAAACUGCCAUUUUUUAUGAAUUAAUAAAAACGUAGAAAAAAUAAAACCAAGGAAAAUUGAAAUUUUUGUAAGUAAACCGGCUACCAAAGGUUUUUCAAUGAUUGUUUUAGAAAUUUUAGGUAUGAACAUAUUCAUAAAUAUGCCCAUUAAUCUUGUUCAAAAUUCGCUACAAAAAAGUUUUCUAAGGUCUCCCACAGAAAAGUUAAACACACUGGAGCGUGUGUACAAAUCAACGAUUAUUGAUCAAUUUUCCGUUCGUUCGCAAUUGAUAUAAAUUAACGGAAAGGUAUGACAAAACUAGUGACAUUACCAAAAUUAAAUUAAAUAGAAAAACGUGUAUUUAAAUUAAAUUAAGCUCUAAGAAAGUAUAAAAAUUACUAAAUAUAUGCAGAUAUAUAUAUGUUGAAUGCAUAUAUGCAUGGUCUAGAAAUUAAAAAAGGUUAUUUAAUGUAAGUAUGCAUUGAUUUAAAAUUUUUGUUUUACCAAUUAAUUAAUUUUUCGUUGAUGGUAUAAACCAAAUCAAAAAACCACAGUAAACGGAAGGGUAUAAAUAAAUAGAAAUAACUGGUUUAUGACCCACAAUAAAUAUAUUUUCUUUAAAAGUUAUUACACCAAAAAGAACAUAAAUCAAUAAUACAAAUUUGAUUUUCUGGUCAGGCUUAAUUAAGAAUUUCAAUAACACAACCAAUAUUGCUUUUACAACUUCUUCAUUAAAGCAGAUGAUAAAUAUAUGUUGGUAACAAAACGAUAAACAAACACAGCUUUUUGUAUUAUUUAAGAAUAACUAAAAUAGAAAAAUAAUAAAAAAAAUAUAUAAGCUGUAAUAUUAAACGAAACUUACAUCAAGAAGUAAAUAAAAAAUUAACAUAAACAAAAACAAUGUGCUACAUAAUUCUUGAAAAAUCCCCAUUAAAAACGAAGUCAUUGUACACGUUAAAAAGAAUAAAUUGUUUGACACAUUUUACUGAAUUCAAUAAAAAUAAUAUGUUGAUAUGGAAUUAAGCUAUUCCAAAUAAACAAA